UUUCAGAGAAAGUGGUCAGUUCAAUUGCUUCUAUAUUAAAUGAUGAAGAAGAGGAAUUUGAUAAAGAUAUGUGCUUUGAGAAAAGGAAUGUGAUCAAAAUGAUAAUUUUUUUGCUUUGUCAUUUUGUAAAUAUGAUUGAGGGUGAGAUUUCAAAAAAAGCAACUGCAACAAACAUUGGGAAGGGUAGGAAAAAGAAAACUUCACUAGCUGUAGAAUAUCCUGACUGGCCUGAGGAAUGCUUGAAAUUUCUUGUUGUAAUCAAAAAAUUGUUUCAGAUGCCCAUUAGAAAAUUUUGGGAUCCUCCAGUUAUUGAAUAUGAAAUAGUCAAUUUUAUCACAAAUACUGUAUUCAGACUAUUGGAAAAUAUUGAAAUCACAAAGGACAAGGGAAUGAGAAAUGAAGUAUUUCGUUUUUUGGGUAUUAUACUUACUGAAUACAAGACUGGUUUAGGUUACAGUAUUAAGAUUCUUCAGUUAGUUCAAGAUUUUGAACAUUUACCAAGUGUAUUAGCUGAAGCAGUUGUUUACUUUUCAAAAGAAUAUUCAAUUGAUACCUUAAUUUCAGAUAUAUGCAG